AUGCCUCAUACCUGUGUACAUGUCCCCCCGUUCUAUCAGGCGGAUGGUCCCCCGCAGCAACUUCCAUUAUUGACAUAUCACACAGAGAUACUCUAUCCGACAGCAUCAUUCAUCUUAAUCUCUCCGCAAGAAGAGAUAGCAUUCUCUACCCAUACACUUCGCGGACGCACUCGAGCCCCAUCGCGAGUCUUCACAACUUCAACCCUACCAGUCCCCGCUGGCCCCCCUACUCCCAAACUCGUCACCUCUCGCUCCCCUACUCCCAAAUUCACCAAGGCGGUCUCUUUUUCAGCAGACCAAAUUUCCGGGAAUGGCGAGUCGGUAAAGAUGUCAAUGUACUCCUCUUCCAUUUUAUCAAUGGACUCCAACGACUCCAAAAUCCCCAAACCAGACGGCGAAGCAGGGCGCCCGGCUCGUGGGGGAUACAACCUGGAAAGGGCACUCAACUGGGAUUCUAGUCAAUUCAAGUUGUUAAGGGACUUUGUCCACCGAUCGAUCGACAAACAUUGCGACACUAGCAAGAGCAAGUCAAGCCAAAUGCCUGCAGCACUGAAUUCUGUUGAGACAGAGGCCGUCGUUCAAUUUCCGGAAUUGAAUGACUAUAUGGGGCGCUGGCCAGUGGGAGAUCUUAUACAAAUGCAAUUGAAAAAUCUUUCUGCUAAGGAGCGACAAAGGCACGCGAAGAAGAAUAAUAGCCACAAGUAG